AUGGAUAUCAUUAUCAUUAUUAUUAUUGCUGUUGGUAUUUUACAGCUGCCAUUAUUGGUUGAUGUUAUACGAAAUCUAUUUCCUCGUCUUAAUAUAGAACGAAUUACACAAGAUUAUGCCUCGUAUUUAUUAUUUUCUCUCGUUGUUACAGUCUAUUCUGGUUUUAUGUAUUUAUUCUUUUCAGCCUACCUUUACGUUAAAGCUGAAAAUCCAUACGCGACCAUCAAUGGUUGGAUCCAUAUUUUCUUAGCAAGUUAUUUUUGCAUUGUAUCAUUUUUUCACUAUACUUAUGCAAGUUUUCAUGAUCCUGGUACAGCACCUUUAGCUACGUUAGGUUCUCACACGGAUUAUCCUGUUUGUACAAAGUGUGAUAGAAUUAAAGUAGGCGCUACAAGACAUUGUAAAGUCUGCCAGCGCUGUAUUUGCAUGAUGGAUCAUCAUUGCCCCUUUACUGUCAAUUGCGUUGGCUUGAACAAUUUUUACUACUUUGUAUCGUUCUUGGGUUACGCCUGGUUAGGCAUGUCUUUUGCGAUCUACAUGACUUUUACAGCAUUUAUGGGAUGUAUGAUAGGUCAAACGUCUUAUCGCAAUGCUUUACCAGCAUCAAUUUGUUUCAAUUUAGGUAAAAAUGCAAUUGUUCUUGUCCCUAUCGUCACAUUAUGGCUAGCAUUAGGUACAUUGCUAGCAUUUCAGAUUAUAUGUUUGCUAUGCAAUGUAUCCACACUUGAUUUUUCCUUAUUGUUUCGACAAACUAAAUCCUUGCGCAAGAUGUGGUAUCAAUUUCGUAAUAUGGAAUUUUUGCAAGAAAAUAGUCGGAUGCAGGUUCUAUAUUUUAGCAGGAGAAAUUACUUUUGGCAGCACUUUUUGCCGCUACCAAUUCAAGACUUACCCUGCUGUUACUGA